AUGCCAGAGUCUCGUUCGUUAUCGGAAUUAACCAGACAAAUCGCUCCACCAACUAAGAACGGCCAUGCACCACCACCCACAGAAUCGAGAAAGAGCUAUCGAUCUGUCAAUCCUUUCCGUGUCCGGGCCGGGAUCAUCGAAACAAGCACGAUUCAGCAGGAGAGGCUCCAGGCUAUAGCGGAAAAGAGAAAACGCCAAACGGAGAUUGAAAACAAACGGCGACAAUUAGAAGAUGACAGGCGCCAGUUACAGCACUUAAAGUCAAAGGCUCUGCGAGAGAGAUGGCUGCUGGAGGGAGCUCCUUCAUCCACAGCUGAAGAGGGUGAAGCCACAAAGAAGCUGAUGGAGGAGGACAACUUGAAGGCCAAGGAACUGGAAGAGAACAUCCAGAGGUUGGAAAAAGAAUUGGAACAGCUGGAAAAUGGGAUCUCAGCAUCUUCCACCAAAGAGAACAUGGCUGAGGAAACAACCAGAGUGGUGGUCAAGGAAGAGAAACUACCCCACACGCCGAAGACUCCUCUAGGCUCAGCCAAAGCAGACAACAAAGCCUCCAACAGUCCCAUAAAAGUGGUGGAAGGCAAGGGCAGCGGCUUGAUGAAAGCAGCUAUGUACUCUGUAGAGAUCACUGUGGAGAAGGACAAACUCACAGGGGAGACCAAAGUCCUGUCCAGCACCACUAGACUACCCAAAGAGAACUCAGUUCAGGGAGUCAAAGUGUACGAGGACGAGCUGAAAGUGGUCCAUGCAGUCCGUUCCGAAGAUGGGGCCGUUGAGAAUGGUGUCCACCAGCUCAGCUCAUCCGAAGUGGAUGAGCUCAUCCAUAAGGCCGAUGAAGUUACCCUGAGUGAAGUCUCUGAGAAGGCUGCCAAAGAAGCCCAAAGCAAUCUCCCAAGUCAGAAGGUCACCCCCCGGAAGGAAAUCACAGGUGUGCAGGCUAAACCAAUGGAGAGUCCCAAGCUUGGGGGUGAAGGCCCAGAGCCUAGCAAAGAACAACCUGUCACCAUGAUCUUCAUGGGGUACCAGAAUGUGGAAGAUGAAAAUGAAACCAAAAAGGUGCUGGGGCUCGAAGGAGAGCAAAUCAAGGCCGAGCUGGUGGUGAUAGAAGAUGCUGAAAAUAAGCCAGCAGGAGACUACACAGCAGAUCACGCCCCUCCAAAUGGCAGCGCGAUGGAACCUCAGGAGGAGGAGAACCAAGUUGGAGCACAGCCAUCGGCCAAUGACACGGACCCCAAAGAAGCAGACCAGGAUCUUGACAUGAAGAAACAGCGUUGUAAAUGCUGCUCGGUUAUGUAAGAGGCCCUUGCCAAGCCCCUCCCUCAACUGUACAGCCAAUCAGGACUGCCUUUUCCCAUCAUUCUCACCUGGACACCUUGACUCCGCCUCUCCGGUUAACUUCUCAAUUCUACAAAAGUCUUGAGUUCAAAGUGUUGCUAUUUUUACUUAACAAAAUGUGCUAUUUGCAUCCCCCAAGGAUGUUUUUCCCCCCU